AUGCCUGACAAGACUAUCAAAAUAUUUUCGGGUGCAUUACGUCGGUUCCUUGCAUACAAUCGCCCACGCAUUUUGCCCACGAACGACGCGUUGCACGUAAUACCGGAAGUAGCAAAUGCUUACGCCGAAUUAGUGUACGCUCGUGCUACCAGGAAGGAUGAAUUGGGAAAUGGUGAAAGAUUAUUCAGCCCUCUGAUGAUUUCGGCAUUCAAUGAACUCUGUGGUGUAGAAAGUGAUGCACCAUUGGAGGACCAUGAUGACCCAAUCACAAAAAUGGAAUUUUCCCAAUCCCAGUGA